UGUGCAGUGAUGGAGAGGAGCUCCCUGCGCUCAUACAGGGGGAAUCUGCAGACAGCUGGCGCGGGGCGGGGCUCGCCUCUGGCCCCGCCCCCUGUUGAAACUGCAAUGCUGAGAAGUCAGCAGAAGUGUCUCUGCACAUGGGAAGCAGUCCAGGGGGAAAGGGGAGAGGUAAAAGGAGACUGAAGGUAAAAAGUGGAGGAGAGAAGUACACAUACAAGGGGGAGAGCAAUAGAAAGAACACAUACUGACCAAGGCUGAAAAUGCUUGUGGGACCCCCUGGGCUAGGAGACCUGUCCUCUCAUAGUCGCGGUCCGUUAUGUCAUCGUCAUUCAUGGCUUUUCAUCGUGAUCCUGGCAACACUACUUGCUCAUACCUGCUUCACGCUAGAAGUAAGCGUAGGCAAGAACCCUCACUUUAAGGCUCGAAAUGGAACGGAUGUCUCCCUGCUUUGCUGGUUCACCACCUGCAUCGGAUUCGAGGAUGUGACAUUCAGAUGGGAAUACAGGUUCAAUGAGUCGUCAAAGCCAGAGGAACUUGUAAAGGGAACUCUCAAGAACAAGAAGUCAACCCCUAAAAUCAUUGAAAUAGAAGACAAAAGUUAUCGGCAGAGUCGAGUAACUUUGCUACCCAGCGAUAGCACCAAAGAAUACAAUUUAACACUGGUAUUAAGUGAAGUGGAAUUUGAUGAUGCAGGAAGAUACACCUGUAUUGUGAAAAAUAAAAAGGAAAAGGAUACACAAAGCAAUGCUACAAUUUUCCUUACAGUGGUAGACAAAUUUGAGGUUGUGGAUAACACAUUGACUCUUAUUAUUGUGUCUGUUGUUGGUGGUGUGAUUGGAUUGCUCAUAUUGAUCCUCAUCAUCAAGAAGACAAUUACUUUCAUCAUCAAGCGGAAUAGUGACAAAAAGAAAGACUGCCUUGUGAGUUCUUCAGUAAAUGAUAACACAGACAACGCCUCAAAGCCAGAAAAACCAAAAGCAUGAUAUCUACACGUUUUCCUAGAAAAUCACAGAACUGGCUGAAUGAAUGGACCAUGGGAGCCCACAGUACAGAGGCAUGGAACUACAGGAAUAAUUUUGAAAGAGAGAUUUAUAAGGAGGAUGAGCACUUUCUCCAUUGCAUAGUAAUUAUUUUAACUUGCAUAGCACAGUAAAAUAUUGCCUCCUCAUAGAUCGUACGAAAAUGAGCAGUUAUGCAAUAUAAUUGGUUAUAUGUUAUUGUAUUGCUAAAUAGAGGCAUGUUGUUUCAUGAAUCUCCAAAGCAAAAGGUACAGUGUG